AAACAGCCUUUAUAAAUGAAUCUCAAAGUUCUCGGCCUUCUCCUUGUUGCUACUGUUGCCUCUGUUUCUGCUGCUGACAGAGGUACUGAGACUGUUCCUGGCUUGGGUCAAAGAAAACAACAGAUUCUCCAUAGCGGUGGUGGUGUCUGGGACCUUGCUAUUGCCAUGCUUGAAACAAAAAACUUAGGUACGGAUUACGUCUAUGGUGAUGGCAAGACGUAUGACUCUGCCAACUUUGGUAUCUUUAAGCAAAACUGGUUCAUGCUUCGUACCUCUACUUCUCAAUUCAAAGGCCAAACGACGAAUCAAUGGAAAAAUGGUGCUGUCCUUAACUCUAAUCUCCAACAAGAUAUCAAGGCUCGUCAAGAAUCUCAAAACUAUUAUGGUCCCGACAAGUGGUUUGCUGGUCACAGAAACGGUGAGAGUGGUUUGAGCAACCCUUACACUCAAGAUAUCACCAACUAUAAGAAUGCUGUCAAUUGGAUUCAUGAUCAGCUUGCUAGUGACUCCAAGUACUUGUCUGAUGACACCCGAUUUUGGGUUGAUGUUACUGCUAUCUAA